GGGGCUGUAGAAUGACCUGACUUUUUCCAAAGGUGGUGUCUGAAUCUACAAAAGUCGCCGCAGGACGACUGGUUUCCUUCUAUUGUCUGUACCAUAGAGGGUGGGGCCGUGCAGCGCUGGCGCGCCGCGGAAGGUGCAGGCCGUGCACUGGCCGGAGCAGGCCAUGCCGGGAAUUGUGGUCCUGGCGCGCCGGGGCUGUGGGACGUGUCGAGACGCCGCACCGCCUCCUCCUCCCCCGCCCUUCUCAGCGGUCCCUAGCCCUCUCCCUCCGCCUCCUAUCCCUUGCCCGCAGCGGUGAGUCCCCUCCCCCCACUCGUCGGGCUUCUCAGCGGCUACUGCAGAGGAUUCAGAGUCGAGCUGCUGAGAAGGAGGAGGCUUCUGUCCCUGCGCGCCAUCCGCCACUCCACUGGACACGGGCGAGGGAGCGAGAGCGUCGCUGCUGUAGCCUCCGGAGAAGACAAGGGCAUCGCCGCUUCAGCCCCGCCACCGUUUUCUCGUGCAGCCGCUCACCGUGCUGGAGCUCAAACUUAGGGCCUUCCACUCUACUGCCAUUGAACAUUAUACCAGCUAUCAUUAAAAUAUUCCUAUCAUUAUAAAGAUCCUGUCUUCCACAAUGAACCCUGUUUACAGCCCCGUGCAGCCUGGGGCUCCUUAUGGCAACCCUAAGAACAUGGCCUACACGGGUUACCCCACAGCCUACCCAGCAGCAGCCCCAGCCUACAAUCCCAGCUUGUACCCAACCAAUAACCCCAGUUAUGCUCCAGAAUUUCAGUUCCUGCAUUCAGCUUAUGCCACCCUGCUGAUGAAACAGGCCUGGCCACAGAACUCGUCUUCCUGUGGCACUGAAGGCACCUUCCACCUCCCAGUGGACACCGGGACCGAGAACCGAACUUACCAAGCAUCCUCUGCGGCUUUCAGAUAUACUGCGGGGACACCAUACAAGGUCCCACCAACCCAGAGUAAUACUGCUCCACCCCCUUACUCCCCGUCACCAAACCCCUAUCAGACGGCCAUGUAUCCAAUCAGAAGUGCCUACCCCCAGCAGAACCUGUAUGCACAGGGAGCCUACUACACACAGCCGGUGUACGCUGCUCAGCCCCAUGUCAUCCAUCACACCACGGUUGUCCAGCCCAACAGCAUUCCCUCUGCCAUCUAUCCGGCUCCUGUUGCUGCCCCUAGGACCAACGGUGUGGCCAUGGGGAUGGUCGCAGGCACCACCAUGGCAAUGUCAGCAGGUACCCUGCUGACUACACCCCAGCACACCGCCAUUGGGGCACACCCUGUCUCCAUGCCAACAUACAGGGCCCAAGGAACCCCUGCGUACAGCUACGUGCCCCCGCACUGGUAAAACCUACAGCCCAUCCAAAUCUGGAGUCACAUAUUGUAUGCAACUACUCAAGUCUUACACCGGUGCUGGAGCAGCUCCGUAGCAGCACCACCUCUAUUUGCAAGAAGAGACAACGGAAGUGCAAGGGUCACUUUAUGCAUCGUUAAUGGUUUUGGUUUUUAUUUUUGGUUUUUGUAAAAGCUGCUUUUUCUAAUCUCCCGCCUCUUCCCCCUUGUCCUCUUAGCUGCUUUCCUUCCAGCUCUACCCCUUCUCCUACCUGACCAGGCCAUGUCGCCUCUGCACUUCCUUUCUUCCUCAAGUGUCCUGUCCUCAGGAUCUCAGUCUAGUGGCAAGCAGAGAGUGGGUUUGUUGCAGUGGUUCAACUGAAGGCCAGGCUGCACUGGAAAACCAUAAACUCAUGUGACCCUCAGGUCUGGGGUAGGAACUCAGAGCUGUUAAACAGGCCACAUCGCUGGGCAGUUAUUCCUUUUCUGGUUUUUUUUCAUCAAGAUAGAUAGUUCAGGACAUUAUCAUGUGGCCUGACACAAAUGAAAUGAUAAAAUAUCUUCUGAGAACCAUCGCAGCAGACCACAAAUCAAAUCAUCAGAUUAGGGCUAUAUGGUACCCUAGGCUGAGAACCUGGACUCUUUGGGGGAAGGGUGGGGGCACUACGGGGAAGGAGAGCAAAGAAGGGAAAAGAGGUCCUUGCUCUGAUGGCUUUGGUUUGAAAGGUCUGGCCAUAAUGUUUGGGCCCGAACCUUCUGAUUUGCACAGUGAUGUUAACUGCCCUGGCACUUCCUCAAAAGGUGAUUGUGACCUCAGACCUGCCAAGCAGCUGCAGGGUAACAGGAUCCCAGUGUCCCAAGGCCUUUGAAGGCCAAGUGCCCUGUAUAAUUCAGACCUCGGCCUCUGAGCCCUCUGAGCCCUCUGGACCCACUCUGAUGAGGGGCUUCCUCCUGAUUACAGUGGGACCUGUGACAUUUCUCUCCUAUCCCCUUCUGCCCUUCUCCCAGUGCCAGGGGUCACCCGUCUGUGUCUGUCUGUGGAGCUGACAGGCAGGCCACACUCUUGGUUACCUUGUGCCAUUCAUGGCCAAAGUGAAGGAACCACAUUCCAGGUGGGUGCUGGCAGCUCUGAAGGUCAGGACAGUGAAGGAAAAGCAAUAGCAAUAAACAUUUCAUAGACUCAUGGAACUGAAGGAACCUUAGCAAUCAUCUCAUCCAUUUCCCUGUUCGACACAUGAGGAAACUGAGGCCGAGAGAAGAGGAAAAUGCUUCCCUAGAUCUCACAGUAAAUUAGCAUUAAAUGCAGCCUUCCUACCUAGUGGCAUGUCACCUCCAAAAAUGUACCUAGGGAUGGAUUGGCUUGGGUUUAUACAAAUUAAGUCAUCAGCGCCCACAUCUGGUCAGUUCUGGAAUGAUCUCUGGUUCUUGUUUGUGAGUUUUUCCUCCUGGACUACAAAGGCGGUGGGAGUUGAAGAUGGGGUAGAGGCCAUAUGGUGGCAGACGGCAGGAACAGAUAUUGCAAAUGAAGAAAUAGCAUUUGGAAAUUCUGUGAAGACAUCUGGAACUUCACCCCAUACCUGGCUCCACCCAUAAGAAAAGGAACACGUGGGCUGGCUGAAAAGGAGAGGCCAUGGUUUUAGGACAGUAGCCCCUCAUCCUGAGAAGAGAAGAGAGUGGGAAGCAUCAGGAGAGGAGCAUGAGGGUGAGACCCAGCAGACACGGGCUCAUCUUGGAGAAGUGGGACUCCUGGACAAGAAGGCCCUUGCUAGCCUCAGCCAGGACCCUGGAUUACCCAGUACUGCCCUUCUGUACCCAGCAUUUAACUGGGCCAGCAGCCCCUCUAGGGUAGGACAGGAACAUUUUCCUAUAAAAGACAGGAUCACUGAUGACAUUUGGGACUUUUAAAUAAUGAUUUUCAUUUUAAAUUCAUGUAAACUUGGGGUAUACCUUCCCCCUACCUCUUCCUAAUUGAAGAAAGACGUCAGGAACCUUUGAACUGGAAGGACCUUGGAAGCUGUCUGGCUGUACCCAGGAGAUCAGAGCCCACCAACAUCCUUGGCCCAGAGUUGGGAGUUGGGGAGCCACCUUCUAGAAAACUUCAGAACCAGUAAGAGAAAACCUAGCUGUUUUGAGUGUCUUUUGGGGUGCCACUGAGGUUUCAUUUUAAAAUAAUGAAGUUUGCCAGUGUUAAUCGAUUUAUUUGCAAAUACCUCUUCCCACUCUCUUUGAUCUUGUAAAGGUGGGUGAAGGCUCUUCUAGAUUAUAUCAUAUGUGCUUGAAGAUGCCAAAAUAAUAAUGGUGAUAAUAAUAAUAGGAAACUUUUACUUUUGUCAGGUGCUUCGUAGAUUUCAAAGCACAUCAGAGCCUUUAACUUCCUGGGCCUGAGAGGAGGGACAUCAUGUUAUUUAAUCUACUCAUUUUGACCAAUGAGAAAACAGGCUCUAGAAAGAAAGGGAAUGGGCCCAAAGUGAGCUGAAGGCUGGACUCUUGACAGACUUCCAGGACCUGCUGCCUGUAGAUGGGCUGGGUGGAACAAAAAGGACAAAAGGAAAACCUAGGAAUGACCUCGUAACUGCUGUUCUUUCUAUACCAGUAAGUAAAAACUAACAUCGGUACCUCACAGUUCACGAAGCAGUUUAACAUACAUUACUGAAAAAUGGAGAUUAUGCCUACCAUUUGACCAGGAGGAAAGCCAAGGCUCAGAGAAGUGAAGUGACUUGCUCAGUAAACAACAGAGCCACUUGAGUCCCGGGCUGCAUGCCUGCUCUUUCCCUCCAGCCUGAACCUGACACAGGCUCAUGUCCUGAAGCAUCUAUGCCCCACACCACGUCUUAGCUCCUAGGCCUUCAAGAUCAAAGGGAGGCCCCAGUAAUGGUCACGCAUCAGAGGCUGUGGUCUACAGCAGCCAAGUGUAGGACCACCUUUUCAGUGUGAGCACUGAUGGCCUAGUUCAGCCUGCCUCAACCUCUUGUUCUGAUGGAGACCCACAAGCCCAGCCAAGCUUGGGGAGUCACUACAAAUGGACAAGCUCAGGAGAGCAGGGCAGCACGUACCCUGGCAGGUCACAGGGAGAAGAUUCUGCUGGUAUCAUCCAGAGAUUCUGGAUGGCCCACUGAUCCAGCUGGACAGAAGGUCAGAGCUGGAAAGACAUGUCAUUUUAGGAAGAUAGGCUAAUCAGAGAGGACAAAGCACUUGCUCGCUGUAGCACUAGCAGCUGCAUACACAUCCUUGUCCUUCCCAUGCCCCUGCGUCAUCUCCCCCGUCAACACCUUGGUGGCCAGGGCCCGGGAUAAAAGUGGUUCCAUGAACACCUCUUGGCUUCUCCCACUACUACUUGACUCUGUCUUCACCAGCCUGCAGCCCUGAAGUUUGGAAACUAGGUUGCUUCCAAAUAGUGAAAGCCUGAAACAUAAUCUUGUGCCACACUUUGUAGAAACAAAUUUACGAGGGAUGGGUAGUCACUAUUCUUUCUCAUCCUCCUGGCAACCACCCUGGUGUGCAUCUCCCUUCCUCAAGAUAUGCAGCAGGGCCAUCUGUACCUGUCCAGAGCUUGUUUGGUAUGCAAAAUGGAUGUUGAUUGCCAAAAUUUAUAGAUGAAAAAACUAAUGCUCAGAGGGGUAAGAGAUUUGACAGAGAACACAGAUAUAAAAAGAGCCAUGAUUUGAACCCUUAAAUGCUGUACUCUUUCUGUUGCCACAUGAUAAGUCUCAAGCAGUUUGAAGAAAGGAAGGACUAUCUGUCUGCCCCACACAAAAGGAGGCUUAAUGGAGACCUGGGAAACUCAGUUCUCUCAGCUGAGCAGACUUUAAAGAACGUCUGCUUUGUUCUGGCAUCUGUGAUGUGCUCUGGGGAUCCAGCUGUUAGCACAGAAAGCAUGAGAAUUUGAAACAGUGGCCUAAUUUGAACUCAACACCUUGAGGUCGCAGUGCUCACUGUUGUCCUCUGGAAAGACCCAGGCAUCUUUGGGAUGCCUGGUACUCUGACUUUGUGAUUCAAAGGCCUGGCUGCUGUUUAAAUCCAGCAAGUUGGCAUUUUAGAGGGACCUGACAUAGUGGAGUCCCUUGGCUUACUUUUUCAUGAGACACUAAAUAAAUGGGCUACAUACUUCCUCAUCCUUUCUCCUGGCUACCCAAAGUGUUCCAAAUUGGCACUAUAGUCCCAGAUAGCUGAAGGUACUUCCUUGAAGGGCUUGCUUUGUUCUGAAUAGCCUUCAGAAAUGAAUCGUAUGAAGUAUAAAAGUAGGACAAGGCCCUUGGUGCACCAAGUUCUGACAUCCUCAUUGUGUAAAAAGGCCAUAGCAGUGAGGCACUAGCUAAACCAGGCUUGGGACCUUGCAUAUCAAAUUCCUUUUGCUUUGUGGAGAGAGCAGACAGCUCCCACCCACUCGGGCCUUGGAGUCUUCGCACAACUGGCUGAACCAUUCAUCAUCACUGUGGUGGGCUGCUUGGAAUGCAGUAUAAUACAAGUGUGUGGAAGCUCUGCUUUUACCCACACCCACUUCACUCCUGGAUGUGUGGCCCCUAGCUUCUUGGCAAAUGAGAAUCCAAAUAGGGACAGCUGGGUAGUAGAGUGGGCAGGGGAACAAAAGGCACCUUGCUGGUGUCCAGGCCUUACCCACUUACCCACCUCUGAAAAGCAGAUCACUAGAAGAAUCCUAGCCAGGCUAAGUGGGUAGAUUUUCUGCACCUGACCCUGUAAGCACUUGGGCCUCUGUGGACAUGCCAGAUCAGCUGUAGGCUUUGUCCUUUACCCAUCCAUGUCUCCCUCUCUUAGAAAGCUCUUUUGAAAUUCAGCGUUAUGUUGUUCCAAGACCCAGACUUCAGAAGUCCUGGCAGGCUAGCUUCAACAUUCCAUGUUCGACCUUGCCUGAGCCAGGCUAGGUCCCAGUUUAGCUUCUCCAGUAUUUCUUGUCGUGCAUGCUCUUGAGUCCAGCCCAGAGGCCAGCAUAAGAACACGGGAGUGAGACUGGCCGUCACUAAAUCAGAGAAGGACAUAAUAGCAUUUGCGUCCUGUGGCUGCAUCACCACUAGGUAUCCUUGUCAGGAAGUGAGUUUCUACCCAUUCCAGUGCUGUAGAAGGAAGAUUUUCCUUCCUGAAGAUGUAAUCGCUUUGCAGAUAAGUACCAGCCCAUGAGUCAAAUGAGUGAAAUCAGCCUUGGGCCUGAUACCCACAGGACCAGCAUCUUUCAGGCUCUGGCCUUCCUCCUGAUGCUUAAAAGUUAGCAAAAGAGUUGGACAGGUCGGUCAAAUUGUCUAGGUCUGUGUUGUAACUCAAAUUCCUCCUUACCCAGGAGGAGGUAAGGUUAGGUCUCCAGCAUCUUGGAGUUGUCUGUGAUGAUCUUUAUAGGCUUAGGGCCUAUCUGUCCCCUUCCUGACUUCAUCCCUCUUUCAUAUCACAUGACGGAGAAACCUGUUCUCGUGGCAUGUAACAUCCCUGUGAAGAGAGCAUUGUAUAUGAUUUUGUAUUUUUUAAUUCAUAACCUACAGGUUGGAAUCUAAUUUUUAAAUUUAUUGGAACUCACAUUUUAAAAAUAAAAACAUUUAAAAUAAUAAUAAUAAUAAUAAUAAUAAACCUUUGACCAGUGUCUUCCAAGUAGUUUGAUCAAAGAAUUUAAGGUGUUUUCAAAACACAACCUGGAGUGUAAAGAUUAGAAAGCCCCAUGGCCUCACUUGUGUGUAUGAAGUGUAAAUCUGGUUUUGUUUUUUGUUGUUUUGGAUUCUUUUGGGUUUUGUUUUGUUUUGUUUUAUUUUGAAGAUCAGAUAGUGAUCUCUAUGAAAGACUGGAGCCAAGAGUUUGUAACUAUGAUAUUUACUGUAAGCUGUAGAACAUUCAAUAACUAUUAAAAAAGUUUCCCCAAAAAAAAA